GGCGUACAAAUCACACAGGCGAGAAGCGGUUCAAAUCCGAAAUAUCUAAGGAAGAUUUCAUUGUGCCAUCGAGUACACAUAUCAGGAUUCAUACCGGUAAAAGGACGUUCUAUUGUUGGAAUUGCACAGCAAAUUUCACCCGGUUUGUUGUUUCACCCGGAGUAUCUACUUAAACAUAUAAUGAUUCAUGCCGGUGAGAAACUGUACAAUUGCUCGAAGUGUGGGAUGAAUUUCACCUGGAAAGAGAGUUUGCAUAAACAUAUGAGGACUCAUACCGGUGAGAAACCGUACAGUUGUUCGAAAUGUGGGAUGAAUUUCGCCGAUCCAUCGAAUCGGCUUAGACAUAUGAUGACCAUUCAUACUGGUGAAAAACUGUACAAUUGUUCUGUGUGCAAUAAAAAAUUCUCUCGAUCAUGUAGUAUGAAACUUCACAGGAAGAUUCACGACAACGAUAGGCGCAGAUUCAACUGCACU